GGAGCAGCGAUUCUCAACGAUUUGAACCAGUAGUACUUUCUGUCAACCUUUUUCCUUUGAACCACCAAAGCAGAAGGAGAAACCCAAGGUCACAGGAGUUCAGGAUGGAUUACCUUCCAUAUUUCUCAAUAGAGACUUGGGCACUUCUGAGUUUAUUCAUUGGCCUUCUGAUGCUAUACGGUGUUUGGCCUUAUGGAGUUUUCUGGAAGUUGGGCAUUCCAGGCCCCAUGCCUCUCCCAUUCAUCGGUACCGCCUUCUGGUUUCGUUAUGGAAGAACCAAUUUUGAUAUAGACUGUUUUAAAAAAUACGGUAAAAUUUGGGGGACUUACGAAGGACGACAGCCGAUGCUGGCUAUAAUGGACCCUGAAAUUAUUAAAAUUGUACUGGUAAAAGAAAGUCAUUCCACCUUCCUGAAUCGUGGGAAUUAUCUUCCGCGGGGCCAGUUAACGACAUCCAUCGCGUCAGCAGAAGAUGAGCAAUGGAAGAGGAUUCGGACGGUGCUUUCGCCCACUUUCACCAGUGGAAAACUGAAAGAGAUGCUUCCCAUCAUUCAGAACUACGCGAAAAAUUUAUUAGCGGUUUUGCAGAAGAAAGCUGAUCGAGACGAACUGGUGGAAGUUAAAAAAAUCUUCGGUGCCUACAGCAUGGAUGUGAUCACGAGCACCUCUUUUGGUGUCAACACGGAUUCCAUGAACAAUCCCAAAGACCCCUUUGUGCAACAGGCGCAGAAAAUGCUGUCGAGUGACUUACUUUCUCCGCUGUUUGUUUUAUUAUAUGUUGCCCCAUGGUUAAAGCCUCUUUUUGAGAUGAUGAAUAUCAGUAUAUUUUCCAACGAAUCCAUGGAUUUCUUUGCGAGGUCCAUAACACAAUUUAAACAGAAGAGGACCCAGGAGGGUGAACAGAGAAGAGUGGAUUUCUUGCAACUGAUGAUAGAGUCUCAAAACUCACUGACAAGCCACGAGGUGAAUGGUUUGACUGACACGGAAAUUCUGGCUCAAGCAAUUAUCUUCAUUUUUGCUGGCUACGAGACGGUUAGCAGUGCCCUCAGUUUCCUGACGUAUGAACUGGCCCUCCAUCCUGACAUACAGCAAAAACUUCAGGAGGAGGUUGACGAAAUUCUGCCCAACAAGGCUCCAAUCACCUAUGAGGCCCUCAUGCAAAUGGAGUACAUGGAUAUGGUUAUUAGCGAAACCCUCCGAAUGUAUCCAGGCAUUGGCCGACUUCAAAGAAUGUGCAAAAACACCAUCAAAGUAAAUGGAAUCACCAUUCCCAAAGGGAUGGGCAUUGUGAUCUCACCUGCCAUCUUGCACUAUGAUCCGGAAUACUGGCCUGAACCUGAGCAAUUUAGACCUGAAAGAUUCAGCAAAGAAGUCAAAGAAACGAUCAAUCCUUAUACUUACUUGCCUUUCGGAGCCGGUCCCCGGAAUUGCAUUGGGAUGAGAUUUGCUUUCCUUACCAUGAAGGCCGCUGUAGCCAGCCUGAUGCAGAGUUUCACUUUCCAGCCUUGCAAAGAAACUCAGAUCCCAAUGGUGUUUUCCAAAAAAGGGAUCUUCAGAACACCUAUAAAACCCAUCGUCUUAAAGAUCAUCCACAGAGCCUAAAUCAAGUGAAGGGAAUGAAAUUCUUCCUUGGUUGGACCAGCCGAUGGGCGGAAGAUCAGAGUCCUGUCAGGCCAGGAGAGGCAGCUUGGCCUUUGAAAUCCUAAGGAUUUCAUAAUGGAUAACAGAAGUUUUUCUCCUCAUGUCUUGUCUAAGGUUUGCUUGGAAUCCUGUACAAGUGUUUCGUCACUAGUUGUGUAGUAGAGGAAUAACAAAGAUGUAAUACAAAGUCAACUCCGUUUCCUUCUAUCGUUCAAAUGCAAAAUCUGGAGA